GCCCUCACGGAAACUCUGCGCUGCGCAUGCGCUCAGGCCGCACUCCACAUUACAAAAGAGACAGCUAGUGGAUUCCCGGGAGGGUGGCGGGGCGGUCCCCGGAAAAUAAUCUCUGUUGUGUCGCGGGGACUGGCGAGUAGUUCCUCCGUGGUGGAGAGUUUAGGGCUCCUCAGAACAAUGCUAAACAUCCUUGUACCGGGACCUUAAUGCAGAGAGGUGCUGGAGCUUCCAAGACAGGUGCUUUGGAGUCCUGGGAGAAUUGUGGCUUCAUAAGGUAUGCGUAGCCACCAGAUAAAGAGAACUUUGAUUUGGAGUGCUGCUGCUAACUUCCCAGGAUACAUCUUUGCUUUGUAGUUGCUGGAAGUUCAUCCACCGGCCCUUUAAAGACCUGGAAUGGCCAAAUAUCACAGUGAAGUUCAAAACUUGAAGCUGGAUGAUGAUUCAGUUAUAGAAGGAGUAAGUGACCAAGUACUUGUGGCAGUUGUGGUCAGUUUCACUUUGAUUGCUACCCUCAUAUAUGCACUUUUCAGAAAUGUACAGCAGAACAUUCAUCCAGAAAACCAAGAGCUAGUCAGGGUGCUUCGAGAACAACUUCAAACAGAGCAGGAUGCCCCGACUACUGCCCGACAACAGUUUUACACUGAUAUGUACUGUCCAAUCUGCUUACAUCAAGCCUCCUUCCCUGUUGAAACCAACUGUGGACAUCUUUUUUGUGGUGCCUGCAUUAUUGCAUACUGGCGAUAUGGUUCAUGGCUUGGAGCAAUCAGUUGUCCAAUCUGCCGGCAAACGGUAACUCUACUCCUAACAGUGUUUGGUGAGGAUGGUCAAUCUCAGGAUGCUAUAAGAUUGCAUCAAGAUAUCAAUGAUUAUAACCGGAGGUUCUCGGGGCAGCCUAGAUCUAUUAUGGAAAGAAUCAUGGAUCUCCCCACUUUGCUGAGACAUGCAUUCAGAGAACUGUUUUCUGUUGGGGGUCUUUUCUGGAUGUUCCGUAUUAGAAUAAUACUCUGUUUAAUGGGAGCUUUUUUCUAUCUUAUAUCCCCUCUAGAUUUUGUACCUGAAGCCUUGUUUGGAAUUCUAGGCUUUCUAGAUGAUUUCUUUGUCAUCUUUCUGUUGCUUAUCUACAUCUCCAUUAUGUAUCGGGAAGUGAUAACCCAAAGGCUAACCAGAUAAAAUAAGUAUGUUUACUGGAAUAUCUGACCUAAUGUGUAAAAAAAAUCAAAAGACCCAUGGCAAUAUAAGUCACCCAAAUAUUAUCUUAUAAACUUAAAACCAUUGUAUUAUAAGUAUUUAGUUAUUAUUUGAAAAAUGUCUAACAAUAUAUAACUGGAAUUCUUACAUAUUGCAGAUUUUAAUGUGAAGAUCAGAAUUAUAAAAUCUAUAGUUGUAUCUCAAUUCUGUGUUGUCUGUAAUGUCUCUGAAGAAUCAAGAAGUCAGUUGAAAAGAGAUAAGUUUGGUAUCUUCUCUUACCACAAAUUACUUAGCUAAAUACAUAGUACAAUGUUGUGAAAUGCAGUUUGUCAAAUUCAUCUUCUUCAGUGAGUACCUACACAGUGACACAUGACUUUGGAACUUAUCUAAAUAUUUUGUUACAAUAAAACACUGUUUAAUGUGG